UGUGAGAUAGAGAGUGGGUUUCUAUAAGGAGAAAAGCCACAUGGUGUUCGUUAAAAUUAUAAAAUUUGAUUUUUUCAAAGGGACUAGAACACAGGGGAAGCAUCUAGAGACAGAACUUGAUCCUCUGUAUAUAUGCAGUCUCUUGCCUUUAUUUUUUCUCUGAGUAAUCCUCUGUUUCUUGUUCUGGAGUUGUUCUCGUUGAUCGUCGGAAAAUGAGUCGACAUCCUACGGUGAAGUGGGCGCAAAGGUCAGAUUGGGUUUACAUAACAGUGGAGUUGCCAGACGCUGAAGAUGUAAAGCUUAAGCUUGAGCCUGAAGGAAAGUUAUUUUUCUCUGCUACGAGUGGAGCCAGCAAGACACUGUACGAGGUGGACCUUGAUCUGCUCGACAGUGUUGAUGUGAAUGAGAGCAAAGUGAAUGUGAGCUCGAGGAGUGUAUUUUACCUGGUGAAGAAAGCUGAGAGCAAGUGGUGGAACAGGUUGACUAAACAGGAAGGGAAACAUCCUCUGUACUUGAAAGUUGAUUGGGAUAAAUGGGUUGAUGAAGACGAAGACGAUGAAGACAAAGGAGGAGAAGGAGACAUGGACUUUGGAGAUUUUGAUUUCAAUGGUCUUAACAUGGGAGACACUAACGAGAUUGGAGAGGAAGUUGCAGAAGAAGAUAGUGAUGGAGAGGGUGAGACUGUUGCAGAAACAAAAGAAAAGAAGAUCGAAGGAGAAAAAGAUGAAGAAGCAGCGAAUGUUAAGAAGGAGUAAGCUUCAUGUUAUGCUAAGAUUUUUCUAAUACUGUUUUUGCUUGAAAUGGCUUGUAAUGGUACGAAUUAAGGACAUAGUUCCAAUGAACUAGUAGACUUUAGAAAUCCUCAACUCCUUUAAUACGACGAUCAAAUUACAAC